GUUGACAAGGUAACAGGCAGAGUCAACGGCCAGUUCAAAACUUACGCCAUUUGCGGAGCGAUUCGUAGGAUGGGGGAAUCGGAUGACUCUAUUCUGCGCCUGGCAAAAAAUGAUGGAAUUGUUUCCAAGUACGUAUGUUUAUCUCGUCUUUGAUAACAUUUGCAAGAAUGAUUUCCAUACCCAAAGUUAAGUUCUAGGAUGAAAAUGUAUACAGUGUAUUUAUAGGAUGCUUAUACGGUUGGUCAAAAAC